CUGUACCAUGGUGUUGUGCGUCGCCAGAACGUCGACCUUUCUUGCGACAGUGUUGUUCUUCGGGCUGCGAAGAUAGCUGCGACGCCGCUCUCGCCCUGCCGCCGCGGACGUGCUCCUUGAGUUGGGGAUGUGCACGCGGCUGCUACUUGGCUUGCGAGAGUGCGUGGAGCUUCCUCGGCACCGCAGCUGAACAGCAAAAAUGUCAUGCUCGCGCCCAAGCAACCAUCCAUCAAAACGACACGCCGAGGCCAAUCCGCCCAGUCGGCUUUUUGUUUCCUCUUGCUGCUAGCAGAGCCAACGUACGAAAGAGUCGGUCCAGUUCGUUUGCUCGACCGAGACCCUUGCCUUCCCCGUUCUAAAUCCUCCACCCUGCCUUCGCUGCAUGUGCUUCCGCCAGACUCCUCCCUUCGGAUCACGUCUCCUAACUACAAGAUUCUCAGCUGCCUUUUGCUGCUCGCUCUCUCACAGCCCAUCUUCUCGCUCAUUUUGCUUUGGCUCUUCGAACACACCUACUCCAAGCGUGUCCAAACAACAGUUUGACAUUCCUUCCACGCCAGCGUCACGAACGCCGAACGACCGGAUACUCGCAAGAUGGUGCGCCUGCAAUCUGUAUCCACGGAAACUGCUAGUCAAAUUCGGCCUCCGCCACCUCCCGGCAAGCCGUACUCUUUACCGGUGCCAGGUUCGAAGGUCGAAGGCAGAACAGAGAUCUUUAGGCACCACAAGUUUGUGGACGGACUACUGGAAACUCUGGACCCCAGGAUAAGAACCGCGCACGAUUUUUUUGAAGAAACUGCAAGCAAGGUACCAAACAACCGGUGUUUGGGAAAGCGUCCUUGGGAUGCGAAGACAAAGAAGUUCGGAGACUAUGUGUUCGAGGAUUACGCCACUGUACAAAGGAGGAGGAAAGAUGCUGGCGUCGGGAUCGUGCUCUUACACGAAAAGUUUGGCGUUUUCGGCAAACAGUACGGCGUAGGCUUAUGGUGUCAAAACCGUCCAGAAUGGCAGAUCAUCGAUUUAGCGUGCAUGUCCCAAAGCCUAUUCACUGUCUCUAUAUACGACACUCUCGGCCCCAACACUGCCAAGUAUAUAAUCAACCACGCUGAACUCAGCUGUGUCGCAACCUCACUCUCACAUAUUCCCACAUUAAUGAAACUCAAACCUCAGUGUCCAACUCUGAAAUUUAUCAUCUGUUUAGAUGACCUACCAAGCGAAGGCGAGCUGCCCAAAGAGAGCAAGGUCGACAUUUUACAAUCAUUUGCUGAGGGUUAUGGUAUCAGCCUGUAUACGCUCGCUCAAGUCGAGGAACUCGGCAGAUUGAAUCCUCGUCCGUACAAUCCACCAUUGGCUUCCGAUAUCAUCACUAUUAAUUAUACAUCUGGUACCACUGGCGAUCCUAAGGGUGUCGUUCUGACGCACGCCAAUGCUGUCGCAGGAACUUCAUGCGCUUUGGCUUUGACCGAGCAGACUGAGAACGAUAGUGGAUGUUCAUUCCUUCCUCUCGCUCAUAUAUAUCAACGUUUGUGUGAGCACAUGGGUCUCUGGGGUGGUGGAGCCAUAGGUUACUUCCAUGGAGAUAUCAAGGCAAUUGUAGAAGACCUGCAGCUACUCAAACCAACUGCGUUCUCCGGUGUGCCAAGGUUGUUCAACAAGAUCGGCAACAAAAUCGUUGAGGCAACACUGGAAUCGCCAAGGCCCAUUCGAGCCGCAUUAUCUCGUCGAGCAGUGGCCACAAAAGAAGCACUACAACAAGGACCACCUGGUAUUGCGACGAACAAACAUUGGUUCUGGGACAGGUUGUGGGCAAAACGCGUUGCAGCCAACGUCGGCUUGGAAAAUUGUCAUACCAUCAUCUCCGGGUCCGCUCCGCUUGAUCCUGCGCUUCAAACUUUUCUUCGCUCUUGCUUUGCGAAUAAUUUUGCACAAGGCUAUGGCCUUACAGAAACUUAUGCAACCACAACAUGUCAGUUGCCUGGCGAUAUGACCACUGGGAAUGUGGGUGGCUGUGCACCGGCUGUAGAGAUCUGCCUCAUGGACGUGCCCGAUAUGGAUUACUUUACCACUGAUCAGCCCCAACCCAGAGGUGAACUUCUUGUACGGGGAAAGACGCUCUUCCGAGAAUACUUCAAAGACCGGCAGAGCACUUUGGAUUCCAUGACAGAAGAUGGCUUUUUCCGAACCGGCGAUAUCGCUACUGUUGACGCACUCGGCCGAUUCUCCAUCAUUGACCGCAGGAAGCAACUACUUAAGCUUGCGCAAGGUGAAUACAUCUCACCUGAGCGAAUCGAGAACAUAUUCCUUGCCAACUGCGGUUGGCUACAGACAGCAUUCGUCCAUGGUGACUCCACUAAAUCUGAGCUUGUUGCCAUUUUUGGCAUUGAUCCUGAGGGCUUCGCACCCUGGGCAAGCAAGGUUACUGGAAAGAAGAUUGAGAUUCAAGAUUUGGAGGCCUGUAAAUCGGCUUGUAAGGACGAAAAGGUCGUUAGUCAGGCGCGGAAAGAGCUCGAAAUGCUCGCGAAGAAAAACAGGCUUAAUCGCUACGAAUACAUAAAAGGACUCCUACUUUGCGUGGAACCUUUCACAGAAGACAAUGGCCUAUUGACACCAACUAUGAAACUCAAACGCUCAAAGGCAGCCAAGUUCUACAGCGCGGAGAUAGAACGAUUGUAUGCCCAAAUAGAGGCGGAAACGGCAAAGACGGCGAGGGCGAAGCUUUAGUUCUAAGGUUUCCCCUGAAUUUUCAACCCCGGUAAAGUGGCUAAAAUGCAUCCAAAGCAUCAAGUAUACGUCUUUGUGCCUUGCAAUCUUGUCUAUUUUCUCUCAAUGUAAAGUGACUGAUAGGUGCAGCUCGGGUCUAAAUGAGUGAAUUACUGCUGUCGGGUGUGACAUUAUUCUUUGUUUUGUAAAACUGUACUCUUUGUUACUUGUAAGAAAAUUCCUUUGAGGCACAUGGCUAUCAUUUCGUCGUGUUAUUCUUCUGUGCUAAGCGUUGCCUCGACUCGAGAUGAUGUAUAGCUUCGACUCGAUCGGAUAAGCUCACGUGCGUCGCGGAAUUGAACCGAAAUUGAUUCUUAGAUCAUUUUCAUCUGCAGAUGAUUUAUGGCAGGACCUAUUCCAAGCGAAGUCAAUGCUUGAACGAGGCAACGUCUUUCAAUGAAAU